UGCUUUUAGACCCAUCCUAUCAGGACAAACCAAACGUUCCCUUAUUAGCAUUUUCUGUUUCUCUAUGGAUUCCUUUUAAAGACCAACUUGUAACGUCAUUUUGAAAGCAGCGUCUCUCUCUCUCUCUCUCUGGUCGCUAGUCUGUCGUCCUGGAGGAAAACCCCGCUUUCAGAGUCUCAGACCCUUGAAGUUCCCCUCUCUGUUUUUUUGGUUCUCGUUCGCAAAGGAAGUUUGAACCCAGAAACCUUUCACUUUUUGUUUUCGUUUUGUUUGGGUGUAUUUUGAGACCCCCAAAAGCUUUUAUGGCGGAGUUUCCUCCAAACUUGGACGAUGGAGAAGUGUGGCUUCCCUCUGAUAUUUUCCUCAGCCAAGUGCCCUCCAGGCUAACACCCCACCACCGUUCUACCAUGGACGACUUCACUGAACGUUUCGCUGCUUUCACGUUGCUCCAAUCUCGCCGAAACGUUUCCAAGCCUUCCCUUGAGCGGUUCAGACGACCGGUUCGUUGCGGUCCAGUUUCUCGUGUACCUGAGGAAUAUAUGGGCGUCAACGGCGGUCUGGAAGUUGAAGAGAUUGGUCACGGGCUAUACGGGCCCUACUUUCCUGGACACAAACUGUCAUACGAGUACCAGCUCCUUGAACCGGCUCAACCUCAGGAAGUUGCUGAUAGCUUUAGGGCUAGGGUUCUGAGGGCUCAGCAAAACCGCCUCCCAAACCGGCUUUUACCAUUUCAGGGAAGCGGUGGGUUUGGAGUUGGUGCUGGUUUUGUGAAAGAGUCAGGCGGUACUGGUGUCUUUAUUCCCCGUACUUUGAAUACCACCACCGCCAAAAAUGUCACAGCCACUGAUAUAAGAAAGAAACGGGCUAUGGCAGUUUUGAGAAAGGGGCAGGAGAUUCAAGUCACUCAACAGGGGAGCUGCCUGAAUGGGAUUGGUAUGGGCAAGCAAAGGGAAAGCAGCCAUCACUAUCUUCCUCCUGAGAUGGGCUUGCCUCAGGACUGGACUUACUGAGCUGAGCUAAUCUCUCCUACACUUUUUUUCUGCUGUAAAGUGGGUCUUUUUAUCAAGGAGAAGAAUAGAAGGUCAGAAAAAUCUUUUGGGUAUUGUGUAGUAUUAUAACUAAGGAAGAAAUGGAACUGUUUUUUGUGUUUCCCUGUGCUUUUUUAGCUUUGUAGAAAUAAAAUAAAUGUAUGGAAAGGGGUCUUCACUCUUCACUAGGAAACUGAGCUGUUUCUACAGCUUAUAUAUUAUCUUAUUAUUAUUACAUUAAUAGAAUAUUAGUAUUGUUGUGUUGUCA